AUGGGGGGCGCGAAAGGGGAGCGCAAGGCCACCUUGCCUUCCCCCUCCGCCUGGGGUCGGCUUUUAGAGCUCAAGCUGGCACCCGGCGGCCCGCCCAGACUGUCCGCUGCUGCCCCCUCGGCUGGGGGGGUCUCUGCUCCGGGGCUGUUCAGGAGGAAGCCGCCAGCCGGGAGGGGGCCUCCCCCCCAGGGGAGCACCGCCCCGCUGCUUCCCGAGCCGGACCUCCAGCCGCCUUGCAGGGGGGUCUGCCUGUCUCCCGGCGCCCCCCACCAGGGGGUCCCGCGGGGGUCCUCCAGGAGGCCCCCCCACCUGGGUCCCGCUGGGCAGGCAGGCAGGGGCUGCCUGUGCCUCCCCCCGGCAGCGCCGCACCCUCUCGGCCAGCAGGUGAAGGACAACGCCAGCCCCAGGGGAGACCCCCCGCUGGCCCGGUGGUGGGGCUUCCUGCCCAGCGGCCUCGUCUGGAUGUCGGCGCCACUCGACCCCGAGGGAGGGGCUUCGCCGCCGGCGCUCUGCCCGCCCCCCAACAUCUGCAUCCUGACGCUGGCCAUGAUGAUCGCCGGCAUCCCCACGGUGCCGGUGCCGGGCGUGCGCGAGGAGGACCUGAUCCUGGCCGCCCGGGACUUCAUGGCGGGGAGCCCGCGGCCUAGCCAAGUGGCCUCCCGGUGGCCUUUCCGGCAAGGGAGACCAGCAGCAGCAGCAGCGGAGGCCGGCGGCAGAAGCCUCUUCCUAGCCCAGCUGGAGAAGUGA